GUUCACACGAAAAGAGCUGGUACUCGUGCGAGACUUUGGGCUGUGUUUGGGGUUUUCUUAUUUUCAUUCACACCAAAAAAACCAAAGCUUUGUUUGGUUUGGUUUCAUCUUCACAGCGUAAGCUAAAAAUCAGAUUUUUAGACUUCUCUCGGUAAAGACGCUACCUUUCAGCUCUGAUCCGUUAAAAGGAGAUGGCAACUCCACAGAGUGUCGAGAUGGAGGCUGCCAAGUUUCUGCAUAAACUUAUUCAAGAUUCUAAAGAUGAGCCAGCCAAGCUGGCUACUAAACUAUACGUGAUACUACAACAUAUGAAAUCGAGCGGGAAGGAAAAUUCAAUGCCAUAUCAAGUUAUAUCUAGGGCAAUGGAGACUGUCAUCAACCAACAUGGUCUUGAUAUUGAAGCAUUAAAGUCAUCACGUCUUCCUUUGACCGGUGGUCCUCAGAUAGGAUCUUCUUCACAAGCAGUGGGUGGUGCAAAUGACUCGAGAGCAGGCUUGGCUGAAAAUGAGGCUCCCAAAAUGGAACCCUUUGCUGCUGGUCGACCACCAAUUGCCCCAACUGGCGGAGCUCCUGAUUAUUAUCAAGGAACUGUAGCUCAGAGAAGUAAUCAGUCAUUUGAUCAAGGAAGUCCAACUAGUAUGGAUUCUAGGUCUGCUAACUCACAGUCACAAGACAGACAGGUGAAUCAAAAGGAUGGUAAGAAAGCUAUCCCAAAAAGAAAGAGGGGAGAUUCAACAUCACCUGGGGAAAUGCAUGUUGACAGCUCUUCUCCAAUAGAACCUCACAAUGCUGGUGUUAAAACAAGGAAGGGGAAAAUGACCAAGGCCGAACCAUCAGAUGGUAUUCAAGCUAAAAGUGGUGAAGUGACAAACUUCCACGUGGCUCCAAAUAAUAGUCAAAUGGAUAAUGUUCCGACUUUUUCUGGUAACAUGAAAACAAUGCUUAGGGCAAACCCAGAAGGUCAUCUUUUAUUAGCGAAACAAACCGAUUUGACAAAGAUUGGCAAUCCAAUGGCGCGGCCUCCAAAUUCUAAGUAUCCAGAUGAUGUGGAAGUUUCCUCUGCACAUAUUACUCCAGGGAAGCAGCAAGGUGCUUAUGCUAGGGUUCAUGGAGGGAUGGCGGUUCCUGCGAAUGUAUCUGCAAUGAACGAACCGGUUAUCUCAGGUUCAAUGCAAUAUGGUGGUCCUCUUGAUCGUGAUGGGGGGAGUUCAACUACUUUAUCUGAUGGACAUAAAAUAUCUCAGACUGGCAGGCAAAAUAGUGGCUCAGAAAUGACUAUGCUUAGACAAGGUGUUCACCCUAGAGAUACAGGAAAGUCCCCAGUUCCCGCAGCAGCUGCACCAUCUGCCAUGCCUUUCAAAGAAAACCAGUUGAAACAGCUUCGAGCUCAGUGCCUUGUUUUUCUAGCAUUUAGAAAUGGUUUACCGCCAAAGAAACUACAUCUUGACGUUGCAUUUGGAACAUUCUUUUCUAGAGAAGAUGGUUCUAAUAAAGAUCUGAAUGAACCCAAAGGAAAAUCACAGUCUUUUAAUGAACCUGGUAACACACCAGGGGUCAUAGUGCCGUUCGGAAGUUCAAGCAAUCUGAGACAGACUGAUAAGAAUCCUUCAGGGUCCUCAUCUGCUGGAAAGUUUCUAGAGGCUGAAUCUUUGUCGAAGGGAACUGAGAGCCCAAGAUUGUUAGAAGAUAAAGGUAACCUUCAUUCUGACACCCAGACACCUUCAGAAGACAGGAAAUAUCUAGCCGCAAAAAGAGAUGUUGAAAGACGAAACCAAGAAAGAAUGGCUGCACAAUCUUCUUCAGCCACUCCAUACCAGCAGAAAGAUUCUUCAAAUACAAGGGGUAUUAUUGUUGGUAACAGUCAUUUGAAUGAUAGUGACAAUGGUAUCCCGAUAGCUGGAAGGGCUAACCAACAUUCCGCUCUAGGCCCAAAUAACUGGGUUGGUUCAAAUCCACAUAUCUCUCCUAUUCAACAUGAGUUGCCUAUAGAAAGAAGAGAAAACAUUCCUAGUCAGUUUCAGAAUGUUAGUAACAAUUCUGGUGCAUGGAAUCACAAUUCUAUUAAUCAAUUGACUUCUUAUCCUUUAAAAGAGCAUUGGAAACCAGUUCCUGGGAUUGACAGCAAUUCCCAUGGAGUAACCAUGAUGAAGGAUGGAAAUGUAUUGGGCAAAAACAUUUCUGCAGAGCAAGGAGGGAAUGAGAGGUUAGUAUCAGCUGAUUUUCCAUCUUCUAAAAGAUUUACAAUGUCGGAGAGAUGGAUUAUGGAUCGUCAGAAAAAGAGGCUUCUAGAUGGCCAAAAUUGGGUGCAAAAGCAGCAGAAAGCAAAGGAAAGAAUGACUAAAUGCUAUCACAAGUUAAAGGAAAAUGUGAGCUCAUGUGAAGAUAUUUCUGCCAAAACAAAAAGUGUCAUAGAGUUGAAAAAACUUCAACUAUUAGAGCUCCAACGCCGACUUCGGAGUGAUUUUCUGAACGAUUUUUCCAAACCAAUUACAAAUGAGAUGGAACAUUUGAAAUCAAUUAAGAAACAUAGGCAUGGUAGGAGAGUCAAACAACUUGAAAAGUAUGAGCAGAAAAUGAAGGAAGAGCGACAGAAACGGAUUCGUGAGAGACAGAAGGAGUUUUUCAGUGAGAUAGAAGUUCACAAGGAAAAACUUGAUGAUGUAUUCAAAAUCAAGAGAGAACGGUCAAAGGGUAUCAUUAAAUAUGUAAAGGAGUUCCAUAAAAAAAAAGAACGUAUUCAUCGUGAGAGAAUUGAUCGAAUUCAGCGGGAGAAGAUUAAUUUGCUAAAAAUAAACGAUGUCGAAGGUUAUCUUCGAAUGGUACAGGAUGCAAAAUCAGAUCGUGUGAAGCAACUUCUUAAAGCAACUGAAAAGUACCUUCAAAAGCUUGGGUCCAAAUUACAGGAAGCAAAGAAUACUGCAGGACGUUUAGGGCUAGACGUUGAUGAGGCAGGAAGUACCAAUUUUCUUGAGAAUAGUGAAACUACUUUGGUAGACGAGGAUGAAAGUGAUCAGGCAAAGCAUUAUAUGGAAAGUAAUGAGAAGUAUUAUAAGAUGGCCCACAGUGUAAAGGAGAGCAUAGCAGAGCAGCCAUCUAUUCUGCAUGGUGGAAAAUUAAGGGAAUAUCAAAUGAAUGGUCUGAGGUGGUUGGUUUCACUAUAUAACAAUCAUUUGAAUGGAAUCCUUGCUGAUGAAAUGGGCCUGGGUAAAACAGUUCAGGUGAUUUCUCUAAUUUGCUACCUGAUGGAAACCAAAAAUGAUAGAGGACCAUUCCUUGUUGUUGUACCCUCUUCAGUUCUACCCGGUUGGGAGUCAGAGAUAAACUUUUGGGCUCCUAGUAUUCACAAAAUUGUCUAUGCUGGACCGCCGGAUGAGAGACGUCGGUUAUUCAAGGAAAGGAUUAUUCACCAGAAAUUCAAUGUUCUUUUGACAACAUAUGAAUAUCUGAUGAACAAGCAUGAUAGACCAAAGCUAAGCAAAGUACAUUGGCACUAUAUAAUAAUUGAUGAAGGCCACCGCAUAAAGAACGCCUCUUGCAAGUUGAAUGCCGACUUGAAGCACUACCAGAGCUCUCACAGAUUGUUGUUAACUGGAACACCAUUGCAGAACAAUCUUGAAGAACUAUGGGCACUUCUUAACUUCUUGUUGCCUAACAUAUUCAAUUCAUCAGAGGACUUCUCUCAAUGGUUUAAUAAGCCAUUUGAGAGUACUGGAGAUAACUCACCCGAUGAAGCUUUACUGUCUGAGGAGGAGAAUCUCUUGAUCAUAAAUCGUCUGCACCAAGUUUUGAGACCAUUUGUACUUCGGAGGCUUAAACACAAGGUUGAAAAUCAGCUUCCUUCGAAGAUUGAGAGACUUAUAAGAUGUGAGGCUUCUUCAUAUCAAAAGCUUUUGAUGAAGAGAGUGGAAGAUAAUCUUGGUGCUAUCGGCACUUUAAAGGCUCGGUCAGUACACAACUCUGUCAUGGAGCUUCGAAAUAUAUGCAAUCAUCCGUAUCUCAGUCAGCUUCACACAGAGGAGGUAGAUAACUAUAUACCUAAGCAUUAUCUGCCACCAAUUAUUAGACUCUGUGGGAAGCUUGAGAUGUUGGACCGUUUAUUACCGAAAUUGAAGGCAACAGAUCACCGGGUUCUUUUCUUUUCGACGAUGACUAGGCUUCUGGAUGUUAUGGAAGAAUACUUAACUUCUAAACAAUAUAGAUACCUCCGGUUGGACGGGCAUACAUCAGGAGGUGAUCGUGGUGCUCUAAUUGACCUAUUUAACAAACCCGAUUCCCCAUAUUUUAUCUUCUUACUCAGCAUUCGAGCUGGUGGUGUUGGAGUGAAUCUUCAAGCUGCUGACACAGUGAUUUUAUUUGACACUGAUUGGAAUCCCCAGGUUGAUCUACAAGCCCAGGCAAGAGCUCAUAGAAUUGGUCAAAAGAGGGAUGUUCUUGUUCUCCGCUUUGAAACAGUUCAAACUGUUGAAGAACAAGUUAGAGCUUCAGCUGAGCACAAACUUGGCGUCGCUAAUCAGAGCAUUACUGCUGGAUUUUUUGAUAAUAAUACAAGUGCUGAAGAUCGAAGGGAAUACUUGGAAUCCCUUCUGCGUGAGUGUAAGAAAGAAGAAGAUGCCCCUGUUUUGGAUGAUGAUGCUCUAAAUGAUGUCUUAGCCCGCAGUGAAUCAGAGUUAGACGUGUUUGAGUCUGUUGACAGAGACAGGAAGGAGCACGAGCUGGUUACAUGGAAGAAAUUGGUGCUUGAACAUGCAACUGAUGGCUCCGAUGUUAUUCCUCCCCUUCCUUCUCGACUUGUCACUGAAGAAGACUUGAAACAGUUCAAUGAAGCAAUGAAGAUAUAUGAUGACGUGCCUAAGGGUGAGGUAGAUUCUAAUGGAGUAAAACGAAAGAGAGGAGGCCUUGGGGGCCCUGAUACUCAACACUAUGGCAGGGGAAAACGAGCAAGAGAGGUACGUUCCUAUGAAGAGCAAUGGACAGAGGAGGAAUUUGAGAAGAUGUGUCAGACAGAAACAUCAGAUUCACCCAAAGUAAAAGAGGAAGAGAUGAGCCAUCAAACCAAUGCUUCCAGCUCUGUUGUAUCUGCUACUAUCUCACAACCUUCUUCUACUGUUCCACAGCCUGCUGCUACUGUCCCACAACCUGCUGCUACUGUCCCACCACCUGCCGGUACUGUCACACAACCUGCUGCUUUGCCUCCACUGGCCCCGAAAUUGCCAUCUGUUGAGACUUUGCCGGUACAUCAUGUUAAAGAGAUAGCACCACCAGCAAAACGUGGCCGUGGACGACCAAAAAGAAAUGCUCCAGUUAAGUCACCAGCUGCAUUAGUCUCUCCAGUAACUUCUGGAAUUGUUGAAGUAGAUAUGCAGUUACAGAAGGGAAAUAAGUCUGGACAUUUAACAUCUUCUGCUCCUGAUUCUGUUGGUCAUUCGGCUGAAGUUACAGGCGUGAGUAGACUUAUGCCGCAGUCUACCACAGGAGUGACUGCUAACGCAGCUCCUGCCACUCCUUUGCCUACUAUUCCACCCAAUUCUCUGUCGACUGCAACUCCUUCGCCCACUAAUAAAGAAUCUAUUCACCAGUCUAAUACAGAAGUGGCUGCUAACACACUGCCUGCCAUUCCUUUGCCUUCUCAGUCAGCUACUGCGUCUGUUCCUGUACCUAUUCAAGCAAAAGGACGUGGGCAGAAAACUCAGAGCGGUCGUGAAUUGCCUAGACGUAGAGGGAAGAAGCAGGUUGUGAUGUCGCCUCCUGUGCCUGAUAGUUCUGUUGGUCCUGAAGUCAAGGUCAAUGAGCAAUUAGAAAAUAAAUUAGUGAGUCCUUCUUCAGGUCAGGGUAUUCCCCAGAGUGAAACUGUUCCUACCGUUGCUGCUGUACACCCUCCAACUAUCAUUUCAGGUUCCGCUUCUUCAAACAGUGGAAACAAUAAUUUGGGUGCUGGGGUUGUUUUGAAUUCACAGGUACCGCCUCCUUUGCCCUCUGUUACUACUUUGGCUCAAACUGCUCCCAGUUAUCCAUCUGUACAGAUGCAAAGUAAAGGGCAAAUUGGAAAAUCACAAAUUGGAGCUGGAACUUCUCGGCGUAGGGGAAAGAAACAGGCAACAAUGUCAUCUCCUGUUCCAGUUGUUUUAGGUCUUCUGGGCAGGGAUCCAACUUCUAAUUUACCGACUUCAUCUGGCGUUGUAUCAGGCGAUAAAGCCAGUGAAUUAACAAACUUGCAGGAGAACAAUGUUCAAGAAUCAAAAUGUAUUAUCCAAGAUCAGGCAUCUCAGAGUAAUCAGGAUAUAAAAUCAUUGGAAGGAUCAGAUGAUUUAGCCAAGCAGGCAGAGAUCCUGCCUUCAUGUAAAGAUAGUACAGUCAAUUCUCCAGGGCAAGAUUUAGAGAAGGUUAAGAAUGCUGAUGAUCACGGUUCUUCUGUGAAGAUUAAAUCUUCUGAAAUGAACCCUUCUCAAGUUGAAGUUUGCACUAAUUCAGGGAAUGAAAAUUUAUUGGUCACAUCAUUGCCUAUCGUCGAGGUUAUAAAAGAUCAAUAUUCAGAUAAUAAAGCUCAUCAAACAGUUGUAGGUUCAAUAACUUCCUCUUUGGUUGUCGAUACUCCAACCAAUUCCUCGACUGGUAGUGCAACUACAGAAAGCAUUAGUCAAUCUGUAGAUCCUGUGACCGCCAAGAUUGUUCCCAGUACGUUAAGCACUGCUUUUCCUUCAACACCAGGCUCUGAACCCAAUCCAAGCUCAUAUGAAUCUGUGUCGGGCAAAAGGCAAGGUCGUAAAACUCAAAACAGACUGGAGCCACCACGGCGUCGGGGAAAAAGAACAACUCCAGUUUUACCCGUUACUCCUGUUGCUCUUAUUGACCCAGAUCCAAAAUUAAGUCAUCAUGCUCAGAUUUCACCAGUGAAUUCAUUGGUGGGUAUAGCCACUUCAAAUGUUACUCAAGCUCAGGCAUCUGAGAUCCUUUUGCCCGGUGGAGUAGCUAAUGAUUCAAAGAGAAAAGAGAGAACCACCAAUCCUGCCCAAAAUAAGCAACAGAAAGUUGCAUCAACAAGGAUUGACAGUGCACCUGUAUCCUCAGAUAAGAUUGCCACUUUAGGCCGAAUACAUAACGUCAAUGAUGUUGCAAGGGUAAUGAAGGAAGUUUUCUCUGGAACUUGUUUGCCAAAGCCUAAAGCUACCGUGGAUGCCUCUGGUAGCCAGAGCGUGGAGGAUAAGGCAUGCUCUGCUACUGAAACUGCUGGGACAGCGUGUCAUACUGGUAGUGUUGCAGUACACCUUCAUGAAAAACAAUCAGAAGUGGCAUCCGAUAUGCCGAAUCCGGAAGAAAACCCAAGUUUAGAAUCGCCAGCUACUGGAGCACUGAGCCUGACACCAACCAUGCCAGGGAGUGGGAAUAAACAACAACCUGGCAUUGCGUCUGAUGAAAAAAUAAUUCUUGAGAAUGCGGCUUUGCCGAUUGUCAGUAAGUCUGAAGCUGAUCAGACACAACAUUAUAUUGAACACUCAACUUCUAAGAGUGAAAUGGAGGCUCUUGAUAUAACUCCUCUUAAUAAUGACCUAAAGGUUGAUGGAUCUUCUGAGAAACCUCCUACUGGUUGUGGCUCUACUGAGUUGAGUACAGAGACGCCUCCCCAUCACAUAGGUUCACCUGUGGUUUCUCCUGAUGUUGAACGUCCUUUAGUGAAUGAUCAUAAUCUUGAAAGCCAAUCUGAUUCUAUAGAGAAAUGUUCAAGAUCUUCUCCCGUUGAUAUUGAUAGCCAAGGAGGCCCAACAAUUCCUUUGGCACCUGAAAUUUGUAGUAAUAAUCCCGAGUCUAGUCAGGCUGAUAUCUGCAUUCAGAGUCAUUCAUCCACAAACAAAGCUCUUGAUAUUACAGAGAACAUUUCAAAUAAAAAAUUGGAGGAUUCUGAGCCAUCUUCAUCUCUUGCUUGUGCUGGUCAGGCUGAAAUUUUGAGUGAUCAACCACAGGUGACAUCUGCUGAACAUGAUAGAAAUAAUAACGCGCCUGUGAAUUUGAGCUUGGAUCCUGCAUCACCUUCUGAACCAUCAUCCAAAGCAUUAGAACCUUCCAUGAAACAGUAUUCAGAGUCAGCUUCUGAAAAGGAAGAUCCCGUAAGCCCCAAAGCUGUUCAAGCUCAGAAGCAUCCAGAUACAUUAGAACCUGUUGAUCUGCGUGAGACUUCGGAGGUUGAGAGCUUUUCAGAGUCACCCUCCCAGGAAAGAAAGGAUAUAGGUGAUUCCUCAAGUGAAACUAUUGUGACCAAUAUAGUGGGUGUUUCUGGGAUUUAUAGUCUCGGGGGAGGAACUACUUCUGAAACUGCAGUUCUGCCCCCAUCAACCUUGGUAAAAGAGAAAAAUAAGGUCUCAGUCCCUCUUGAGGUGUCAAUGGAGAAGGCCGUGGCUAACUGCUCUGAAGUCCAGGAGGAAGCAAAAGUUGAUAAAGUGGAAAGUGAUGAUCAAAUGGAUUCAUCCACAAGGGGAGCAUAUACCAGUUCAUCUUCACCGGAUGAAUUGAAAGAUUCUAAAAUUGAGCGGGGUGAUACUGUGCUGCCUUCAUUAUCCCAAUUGAAAGUGGUAGAAACUAUUGGUGUAUCAUCUGAUGAUAAAUUAAUUGCGAAGUCUGCAUCCCAGAAUGACAUGGAAGGAUCUAAUACCAAUCAGAGUAGUUGUUCUGAUAGGUUGCAAUCUAGCCCAGUGACUGAAGAUUGCCCAGUGACUGUCGGUCAAGUAGAUGCUACUCAGGUUUCUGAACCCGGGGAUGAUCCAGAAAGGCUUACUUCUGAAAACAUGGAUGUGCUUCCUUCUUGCUCGCUGGUGAAGGAAGAUAAUGUUGAUGUUCAAGAUGAACAAAGAGCUUUGAUUCCAGAGGAUAGUUCUAGGGAUGGUACCAAGGAAUUACCUUCAUCGGUGAUGGAGGAAGAUAAAGUUGAUGUAUCAUCCGAAAGGGAUAUCCUCAGCAACCCACUUGCUGCUACAAAACCAGAAGAUAAUCAAAUGGAUGAUAACAACCAACUUACUGCUACAAAACCAGAAGAUAAUCAAAUGGAUGAUAACAAGGAAUCAAAGCCUUUAGAAGCUGAGAUUGGUCAUCAAAUUGAGGCAUCUACGGACAUUUCUGAAAGCAGUGCUGCUGAGAUUGCAAAUGCAUCUCAAGUCCCAAUUUCCUCGGCGCCUGAGAAAGAGGAAGACUUGUCUGAGAAAGAUAUAGAUGGAAGCACAGCUAAAAUGCAGGCUGCUGUAGGAGAUGGAAUUGAAUCAAUUGACAACUCUGAAACUAGCGAGACUAAACAGAAAGAUCAAGUCGAGCAAGAAGAAAAUGCACAGAAAGACUGAGAAAUACACGAGCAAUCAUAAGUGUCUGAAGUUCAGGAUCAAAGUAACACUGUUCAAAAAUCAUAUUGUAAAUGGAAGUUCCCUUAAGAAGAGCAGAGUUUGUAUGAGAAGGGAGAAAUCCCAGAAUCUGAAACUAAGUAAUGAAAUAUGUUCUUGUAUAUAUAUAAGUUAAGUAGGGGUUAUUUUGUACAUAUAUAUGUUGUAAUUUAACAUCUAUAUCCCACUGAUUUUGCAACACUCGUCUAGUCUGUUAUUUUUGUCAUUUCUUGAAACACUAUCACAACAACUAAUUGAAUGAAGUUAUUCCAAGGUUAAUUCUUAUCAAAGAAAUGAUAUUAACUAAA